GUUGGGAUAGAGGGCAUAACAUAUGCUGGAAAUCAUGGCUUAGAAAUCAUUCAUCCAGAUGGGACAAAGUUUGUGCAUCCUAUCCCUGCCGAACUGGAAGGAAAAGUUCGAGAUCUUCUUAAAAGUCUACAGGAUCAGGUAUGUAAAGAAGGAGCAUGGGUAGAGAACAAAGGAGCUGUUCUCACAUUUCAUUAUCGGGAGACACCCGCGUGCGUGCGUGCUGAACUUGUUCCGCAGGCAUGCAAACUCAUAGAAAGCCACGGAUUUAAGGUCGGUUCAUCUCACUGUGCUGUAGAGGCUAGACCCCCUGUGCAGUGGAACAAGGGUCGGGCAUCAAUUUACAUCCUUCGCACUGCAUUUGGUUUCGAUUGGAGCGAACGUAUCCGCAUCAUUUAUGCUGGUGAUGAUGUCACUGAUGAGGAUGCUAUGCAGGCAAGUCUCACCAGUUGGCUCAGUGUAAUAGUAUCAUAUUGCAUAAGUUGUACUCAUCUUGUAAAUUUGGUCCCUCGGUUUUUGUGCAGAAGUGAAGAGAAAUAAAACACUUCCCAUUCUUGUGCAUGAAA